CAUUGCCUGAACAUGUUGAAAACAACAGCUACUUUUUUGAGCAGAAGAACUUCCUUGCCUAGUCUGAUUUGAGCUUUCAUCAUCUACCACUAAGGUCCCGAAGAUGACGAUCGCUGAGUUGUUUUCGUCUCUUGGAGACAACCCUUACUUUGGGGCAGGAUUUGGUCUUGCUGGUUUGGGAGCGGGAGCUGCCGUCUUACGAAAGGGCUUAGUAGUGGCAACAAUACUCUUCCGUAGGCACUGCAUGAUUUCAAUGGAAGUUCCCAGCAAAGACGUAAGCUAUCAGUGGAUCUUGAAAUGGAUAUCUGUAAGAGGCACCAAAACACACCAUUUAAGUGUUGACACCUCUAUUACUCAAAAUGAUGUUGGGAAGUUAACAACAAAAUACAAUUUUAUCCCGAGUCCGGGUGAUCAUUUCUUUAGAUACAAGAAAAACUGGAUCAAGGUAGAAAGGGUUCGGGAGCAACAAAUGACCGGUGCACACAGAGAAAACCCCUGGGAAACGGUUACAUUCAUAGCACUGGGAAACAACAGAUCUAUAUUCUUUGAUAUUUUGGAAGAAGCUCGUAUGUUAGCACUGGACAGUAUAGAAGGGAAACUGAUAACCUAUGUAGCCAAAGGAGCAGAAUGGAGGCAGUUUGGAUUUCCGAGAACACCAAGACCACUGAGUUCUGUAGUCCUAGAAGAGGGUGUUAAAGAAUCAAUAGUUUCUGAUGUGAAAGAGUUUAUAAGUAAUCAGCCAUGGUACUCAGCUCGGGGAAUACCAUACAGAAGAGGUUAUUUGCUUUAUGGACCACCUGGUUGUGGCAAAACCAGUUUCAUAACAGCUUUGGCAGGUGAAUUGCAGUUUAGCAUUUGCAUUUUGAGCCUUAGUGAAAUUGGUAUGACAGAUGAUAGACUGAAUUAUCUCCUGAGUAUUGCACCACAGGACAGCAUCAUACUAUUAGAAGAUGUCGAUGUAGCAGUCGCUGGAAGAGACAUGUCCAGAGAGGAUCCAGAUAGGUUUGCAGGCAUGGGGAGCCUCACUUUUAGUGGGCUGCUUAAUGCCUUAGAUGGAGUGGCAUCCACAGAGGGAAGAAUAGUUUUUAUGACAACUAACCACCUUGAAAGGCUACCACCAGCUUUGAUAAGACCUGGAAGAGUGGACAUGAAAGAGAAAAUUGACUUUUGUACAAAGUAUCAACUUGAACAAAUGUUUCUUCGCUUCUUCCCGGAUCAAAAUCAAGAAGAAGCAACAGUAUUUGCCGACUGUGUUAUGUCACAUGGUCAGGAUGUUAGUGCUGCACAGAUUCAAGGAUAUUUUAUGUUUCAUAAAAAUGAUCCCAAAAAUAGCAAUUGAAAAUGUUCAAAAAAUUUGGAGAACAGACUGAAUGCUGGUAACAUGCCAUGAAAGAGGAUUAAAUGUAAAUAACAUAACUACAUUAUGAUCCUUUGUUUUCAUUUAUCAAGAAAUGAGUACAUCUUUAAGUAUUAGGUUGACUAGAUUUUAAGUCAGAAUGUGAAUGUUGAGACUUUAGACUACAAAGAAGGUCAAUAAUAAAGUUUUUGUAUAAAAAUACUUUGGUUGUCA